UCGGAACUGAAUACAAAGGCCUUGGAUUAAGACAGUUUAAUUUUAAACAAGUUAUAUUGGUUGAUAUAAUGGAAGGGAUUAAGUCGGCGAAUAAGAUUAUUUCACACCAGAUGUUAAGGCAAGGCGAUGCUGUAUUUAAGAAAAGACAAGGAAAUAAAUGUCUGUUUGGCUUUUGCUUGGAGUGGACGAUAUUUUUAGUCAAAAGUAAGAUCACCUUACUAAUCUUUUUCUACGCUGAAACAUUAAAGUAGUUGAAAUAAAAGCAUGAGCAAUAGAACCAGAACUCCGCUACCAAGAGACUUAACGGAACUCAUGUCUAGAGGAAAGCUCCAAGUAUUUCUGGAAGUUUCCAUUCUUAUUUUCAUCGAGGUGGUCGCCAUCUUUGGGAACUUGUCUGUGUUUUAUGUCAUCCACAGAUCUCCAAGACUACGAAACCUCUUCGGUAUGUACAUGUUUUUUCUUGCUUUAUCAGACCUUCUAAUGGCGACGUUCAUCAUGCCUAUUUCCCUGGAUAUUUUGAUUACAUCUCGGCAGAACUUCAACAACCGGAUUUGCAAAUUUCAAGGGUUUUUCAUCCUUGUACUCGCCUGGUCGUCGCUACACAUCAUGGUCCUAAUGGCUGUUAGUAGAUACUUUCGUGUUGUUAAAAGAUCUUUGUACCUACGGCUUUUUACAAAGCGGAGCUGUCUCAUGAUGGUUAUUGCCGUCUUCGUCAUAGCAGGUGUUUUUGUUCUUCUCCCAAUAUUGGCUGGUUUUGCCAAGUUUGAAUUCUGGCCAGCAAGAGCAGCAUGUUUCUUAACACUAAACACAUCUUUUCCAGCCAUUCGUAGAACAUGUAUUUCAUUCUAUAUCUUAGUGUAUACAAUACUCCCCUUGGCUGUUAUUGGAUUUUGCUACUACAAAGUCCACACGGUCGUGUCCGCGCACAAAAAGGCCGUUUUCCCACAGAAUGCCGGAGCGUUUUGUCCGUCAAUAAGCGUGGAUGAAAUUCGAGUAACAAAAACUAUAUUUUCKGUAGUAUUUGCCUUCAUUCUUUGCUGGAUACCAUCGAUUAUCGUCGAAAUGCUAAACUCCAUUUAUGGUUCUCGAUCUCUUCCUCGAUGGUCCUACAUGAUACAUGUAUAUUUAGCUUACGUAAGCUGUGCAACCAACCCAAUAAUUUAUGGCGUAACUAACAAAAUCUUUCGUAAAAUAUUACGAAAAUCGUUCGGGUGUCUUUUUCGCCAAGAUAUUUCGGUUAUUCAAGCGCAAACGAUAAAUAAUAUGAUUGAUCAAAGAGAGGCUGUCAUGAUGCAUGAACCUCGAAGGAUUAAUGUCAGAACUAUUCGCGAUGAGGAAACGCUAUUUUAAGCCGCACGAAUUGGAUUAAAUGUUGUACAAAGCCCUGGGACAGGAACUCGUGUCAGACGUAACCAUGAACGUGAUUUAUGCGAUGGGGAAGAAAGCCAGAGAACCUUGAGAAAACCUUAAAAACAAAGGAGAGAAUCAACAAUGAGAACUUGAAAUACUAUUUAAUAAGGAAUUAGCUUAUUUAGUAUGAAGGCCUGCAAUGCAAUGAAUCGCUACGCACACGAGUCACUAUC